AUGGGUGAACUAACAGUGGGUGAACUAACAGUGGGUGAACUAGCAGUGGGUGAACUAACAGUGGGUGAACUAACAGUGGGUGAACUAGCAGUGGGUGAAUUAGCAAUGGGUGAACUAGCAAUGGGUGAACUAGCAAUGGGUGAACUAGCAAUGGGUGAACUAGCAAUGGGUGAACUAGCAAUGGGUGAACUAACAAUGGGUGAACUAGCAGUGGGUGAACUAGCAAUGGGUGAACUAGCAAUGGGUGAACUAGUAAUGGGUGAACUAGCAAUGGGUAAACUAGCAAUGGGUAAACUAGCAAUGGGUAAACUAGCAAUGGGUGAACUAGCAAUGGGUAAACUAGCAAUGGGUAAACUAGCAAUGGGUGAAUUAGCAAUGGGUGAACAAGCAAUAGGUGAACUAGCAAUGGGUGAACUAGCAAUGGGUGAACUAGCAAUGGGUGAACUAGCAAUGGGUGAACUAGUAAUGGGUGAACUAGUAAUGGGUGAACUAGUAAUGGGUGAACUAGUAAUGGGUGAACUAACAAUGGGUGAACUAACAGUGGGUGAACUAGCAGUGGGUGAACUAACAGUGGGUGAAUUAGCAAUGGAUGAACAAGCAAUGGGUGAACUAACAAUGGGUGAACUAGCAAUGGGUGAACUAGCAAUGGGUGAACUAGCAAUGGGUGAACUAGCAAUGGGUGAACUAGUAAUGGGUGAACUAGUAAUGGGUGAACUAGUAAUGGGUGAACUAGUAAUGGGUGAACUAACAAUGGGUGAACUAGCAAUGGGUAAACUAGCAAUGGGUGAACUAGCAAUGGGUGAACUAGCAAUGGGUGAACUAACAGUGGGUGAACUAGUAAUGGGUGAACUAGCAAUGGGUGAACUAACAAUGGGUGAACUAACAAUGGGUGAACAGUGGGUGAACUAG